AUGAAUUACGAACCGCAACCUCCGCAACCUCCGCCACCACCCAAGCUCGUGAUGUUGUUGGUCCACUACCACGCUCGUAACUUUCGUACUCGAGUAUCACCGAAAGAAGUUCGAGACCUCCAGGAUAUGACCUCCACAUACAGCAGACGCUACACUACCGUGGGAUCGGCUAGUAAUUUAGCAAGCAAAUGUCCAUCAUUCUGUCAUACUAUGGUCCAUGGAGUAUGA